GACUGAUUGUUGAUUGAUCCUACGAAAUGGAAGAAGGCCUUGGAGUGGAACUGACGUCCCAGUGUCAAUACUAAAGCAAUCGAGAAGAUCUGACUCCUUUUUCCGGACACGAUCGACGCCUCGAUUCAUUGCGUGAGACGAAAAAAACGAUCGAAAACCCGGGUCAAAAUGCUUUUAGAAGAAGUGUUCAACAGUCUAAGCAAUCAGACCCAGGUCAGCAAUGAGAAUGUGUACCUGGACCCUUUGGGCAAGAUUGUGGUUUUCAUGGAGCCAGGAUUGGGCAUGGAGGACCCGGUUGGGAUCUUGAGUGUCCCUGAGGGGUUCAAUAUCUUCAAGUUGCUCAACUUGACUUCCUACCCUGAAGACAUUGAUGGAUGGCGAAUCGUGUUUAAGAAUGGAAGCUUCCGUUAUGAGAAGUUGGAUAGUGUGUUCCAGCAAGUUCGGGACAUCCAAUAUCACAUGGCCGUUCCCAGUUGGGUCUACUACUUCCUUUUGGCUCUCUACCUGCCAGUGGUCUCAAUGGGACUGGUCUUCAAUCUCACCACCAUCACGGUGAUCCUGUUCACGCGGAAGUUGCGCGUGGACCCUCGGAACUCGUUUAUUGUGGCCUUGGCCAUCUCGGAUCUUUUUCUUUGCAUCUUCACCUCGCCCUUAACUUUGUGGUACACUUUGGAAGGUCAUUGGCCUUUAGGUGGGAACACGGAGUACAUAUGCAAGUUCGUCAAAUCGGGUCAAGAUUUUCCCAUCUUCAUGUCUUCGUUUUGCAUUGGAGCCAUCGCUUGCGAUCGAUUCCGGUACAUUGUCCAGCCAUUAAAAUCACAGAUGACAGCCAACCAGGGCUUCUUGUACUCGUUCUUGUUGGUGAUUGUCAGCUCGUGCUUCGUCUCGCCAAUCUUUUUCAAGACUCGUAUGUGGCACUUUCCGGUUCUGAGGAAUACGUUCUUCUGCGAUAUCAACUGGGAAGGCGAAUCCCGAGUUCAAUACACCUUGGUCUCGAGUACCUUUCACUUUUUGCUCACCCUGAUUGUGGUGGUGUUCCUAUACUCUCUCAUCUACUACCGCCUUAAGAAAAGACCUCCCAGUCAGAACGAAGUGGCGAAUGCACGUCGGAGGCGAACCACCAUCUUGAUGGCCAGUAUCACGAUUACUUUCUUCUGCUGCUGGACCCCGUUGGUGGUCUAUUGCUUCAUCUAUGAUUUCUUCAGGGGCCUUUUGCCAGAACGCGAUAGCUACGCCAUGGUUGGAUACACCCUGUCGCUCCUCUUUGGAUUGGGAAGUUCCGUGGCCAAUCCCAUUUUGUAUACACUCCUGAACGAUAACUUCAAGGCGGCUCUCAAGGGUAUUAUGAGCAGCGUUCAAGCCAAUUGCCUCGCAUUUAGGCGCCUUUACAAGGAAAACCGGGCCACGAAAAGCCUUGUCACCGAAAGCGGGAUGAACACUCCCAAAAAUACGGAAAUCAUCGACAGCCCCGGCAGAAUCAAGUCUUUGAACGUGACAUCCACUCAGCUCGUCCAACUUUUACCGCCCAAAUCUGUGGACGAGAUUCACGCCAAACGAUAUCGAAGAGGGUCGAACAAGGGCACGGAAACCAGAUUAUGAAAUGCAGGCCAGGCCAUAAUCGAAUGAUUGUCCCUUCGUCAUCAUCGUUAUCAUCAUCUACCACUUCCUCGGCGAACGCAUACCUGAAUGGGUUAGAGCCAACAGCGAGUGGAACAUUGCUGGAAAUUGAUUGGCAUUUCCAGAAUCUACCUCCCGUUUAUUUUUUAAUACUUAGCCACCCUGACCCUCGCUACGCCGGUUUUAACACAGCUGUGCGCCAAGCCAUAAGCUGACCGACAUUUCUGGGCAAUUGCCAACAGAGGGCGCUGAAAUUGGAUGACCUUGCCUCUUUCAGCUCACUCCUCUUUCAAUUGCCUAGGGGAAAUCUCCAUUUACAUCCUAUGGCUUUUAUUACCAUACUAUGAAUUCAAGAUAUAAUGACUGCCCCAAUGCAAACCAACGAAUUGGAGAGUGUGAUAUUGCUAACUGGUACAGAUUUGAUAAUAUAGCAAAUAUUAAUUUUUGUUUUCAACCCGAACUUAUGAGCGGAAUGGCAACGCAUGAAUGAACGAAGUAAACAUUUCCCUUAUUCUUGUUAGACAAUGUUCUUUCCAGCCUCAAACAUCCCAUUCUCUGUCCCCUGCCUUGUCAGAUUUUAUUAGGUAUAAAAAGCAAAAAACGAGAAUCAAGGAAAGGCCUCUCACGAAAGGACAAAAGGUCGGAUGUGUCAUGUCAGUGAUCAUUCUGAGCCCAGAUUAUUGACAUGAUUGAUGAAUAAAGACACCUCCUCUUUCUCAUUCAA